AGUGCCGGUGGGUGGAUUGCGGGUCGUGCCGUAAGCCGGGGAGUCGUUGCCAUGGUGAAGGCGGCUGGCUGUUGUGUGGAAGGAGUCGGCAGCGACAGUGACGUUUAAUGGUGUCCGUUUGGGUGCAGAUUACGGAGAAUGCUGUAUUUAAUCGGCCUGGGCCUGGGGGAUGCCCGGGACAUCACAGUGAAAGGUUUGGAAAUUGUGAGGAGCUGCAGCCGGGUGUACCUGGAGGCCUACACUUCCCUCCUGACUGUCGGCAAGGAAGUGCUGGAGGAAUUUUAUGGCCGUGAACUCAUCAUUGCAGAAAGAGAGAUGGUUGAACAAGAAGCUGAUGAAAUUUUGAAAGAUGCUGCUGAUAAUGAUGUUGCCUUUCUUGUGGUAGGAGAUCCCUUUGGGGCGACAACACAUAGUGAUCUAGUUCUGCGGGCUGUAAAGGCAGGAAUUCAGUACCACGUUGUACACAAUGCUUCCAUAUUAAAUGCAGUUGGAUGUUGUGGUCUCCAGUUGUACAAUUUUGGAGAAGCUGUAUCUAUCGUAUUCUGGACAGAAGGCUGGAAGCCUGAAAGUUUCUAUGAUAAGAUCAAAAGGAAUCGGCAGACAGGAGUACACACAUUAUGCUUACUUGACAUCAAAGUGAAGGAACAGUCUGUGGAAAAUCUAAUGAGGGGGAGAAAGAUCUUUGAGCCUCCCAGGUUCAUGUCUGUGAGUCAAGCUGCGGAGCAGCUGCUUGAGAUAAUUGAAAACCGAAGAGAUAAAGGAGAGGAGCUGGCUCUGACUGAAGAGACCUUGUGUGUUGGCCUGGCCAGAGUGGGUUCCAAAAAUCAGAAAAUUGCCGUUGCAACUAUACAGCAAAUGGUGAAGACGGAUCUGGGUGACCCUUUGCAUUCUCUGAUCAUCACAGGCCAUAUGCAUCCUAUGGAAAUUGAGAUGCUUAAACUAUUUGCUGUGGACAAAUCAAGUUUUAAUAAGCUUAUAACACUUGAUGGAUCAACAUACUACUCAUAGCAACAAAAAAGUGUAAUUUUAAGUCUUAACUCAAGUAAAGUACUUCACUGGAAGUGGAAAAGUAGUUGAAGUGUCUAAUAUAAAAUUGAAGAAGAGCAUUUCUGUUGAAGGUUUAACUGGCAUGUUGUCUCCACGGAUACUGACUGGCCUCCUGAAUGUUUCAAGCAUCAGCAGUUUUCUUUACUUCAGAUUUAUAAAGCCUAUAAAAUUCUAAUGGGUAGAUGCAGGGGAAAAAGUUCCCCAUGACCAUGAAGUCCAGCACCAGUGAUCGCAGUUUAAGGAUGUGAAGUAGGCCAUUUAACACUGAGAUGAGAACAAAUGUCUUCACUCAGAGUGGUGAGAUUGUGGAAUUCUCUGCCAUAGAAAGAAAUGGAGGCCAAACCAAUGAUUGAUUUCAGUAAAGAGAUAGUUGUAGUUCUUACAGCUGAAGUGAUCGAAGGGAAUGUUUCGAAAGCAGGGUCAGAGUACUUAGUAGGAUGAUCAGCCAUGACCAUAUUGAUUAGCAGAGAAACUCAACAGGCAGAUUGGAUGAUUCCUUUUCCUAUUUUCUAUGAUUCUAUGUUUGCUUUCUGUUUAGAACAUAGAAUGUACAGCACAGGAACCAGCCCUUUGACCCACAAUGUUGUGUUGAACACGCCGCCAAAUUAAACUAAAUUUUUCUGCCGGCCCUUGGUCUUUAUCCCUGUAUUCCUUGCAUAUUCAUGUACUUAUCUAAAAGUCUCUUAAAUGCCCCUAUUGUCUCUGCCUCCACCACCACGUGUGCAGUGCGUUCCACACUCCUAAUACACAUUGUGUAAAAUACAUGCCUCUUACAUCUCCUUUGAACUUACUCCCUUACCUUAAAUGCAUGUCUCCUGGUUUUAGACAUCUCAACUUUGGGGAAAAAGGUUCUGGCCAUCGACCCUAUCUAAGCAUCUCAUAAUUUUAUAGACUUUUAUCAAAUCUUCCCUCAGCCUCUGUCACUGCGAAGAAAACAAUCCAAGUUUUUCUAGCCUAUCUUAUUAGUUCAUACCGUCUAAUCCAGGCAGCAUUCUGGGUAAACCUCUUCUGCACCCUCUCCAAAGCCUCCACAUCUUUUCUGUAGUGUAGUGACCCAGAAUUGAAUACAGUACCCUUAAGUAUGGCCUAACCAGUCUUAUAAAGCUGCAACAUCACAUCCUGAUUCUUGUAUUCAAUUGCUGACCAAUAAAGGCAAGCACGCCAUGCACCGGCUUUACCCCUCCCCCCCCAC